CAAGAACUGAGCUUCCUCAAAUCCCGCUGCGGCUGCAGCGGGUCCCCCCAAUCCUUUGUCCCCACCACAAGCUUCUUCCAAGUGGGGCUGCGCCGCCGGAGGGGCAGCCAGCGCCCGGGCUUCUGGGGAGGACUGUGUCUAGAUUCUGCUUCCCGGUGCUUUGACACCUGCCGGGUAACUUCUGGCAGCCUCGACCCGGGAGAACGUGGACAGCCUUUGGCCUCUCAGAGCCCCUCUCAGCCUCCCAGGAGGCCUCCCAGUCCUCUUUGGAGACCCCUUAGCGCCAGGCUCCGUCACCGCCUAGUCCCUUGGUUCUGACCAAUAUCCCGAUGAAGAAGGCGAUCACUGUGUGGGGCUCUGCCUCCGUCUGGUCAUCUUCUUGAACUCAGGCUGCUUGGUCGGUCAGUGUGUCCCUGUCUCGGGGAUUUGGGGGACCAUUCAUGCUGGGGCCUUGGCGGAGAGGAGAACUGCCAGCCUCUAGGAGGCCAUCCUUCGCCUGCUCCCUGGGGCUUUGCCUGUCUCCCUGCCAAGAGAGACCCCUCUUCCCCUCGCUCUCCUCAGCUUGAGACGGAUGGGUUCGUGCAGCCACAGAGGCUUGCGCGGUGGGAGGGGUUGGGACCAGCCUUCUGCUGCCCUGGGUGCUGGGGAUCCCGGGGCUUUCCAGGUGCGCGGCCACCAAGUUGCACGGUCCUCAGCUCCACCUGCGGGCGGCUCCCGCAUCGGAGGAGCUAAGAGAUCUAUUAAUUUCUUCACGAAUAAAUCGAUGCUCUUGUCAGGGAGGCAGGCGAUCGAUGUCAGCCCGCCCUGCCUUACCCUAUCCUGCCCCGGGGCCGGCGCUGGCUGGCCGGGGUCAGGGACUGAAGCUGAGACCUGAGGCGUUGCUGAUUGGGGGCUGCAGAUCGCACCCCCAGCCACCCAGCCCGGGCGGAGAGCUGGCUCCUUUGCGCGCGGGCUUCUCGCGCCACCCUGUGGCUUCUCUUGGAGGCGCGGUCUUGGCUCUCUGGACUCCCUUCGGCCGGAUCAAGCGACCCUUCCCUUUCUCUGCCCGGUCUGUGUCUUCCUCCCCAGGUUCUGCGAUUGAUCUUUGGUAGUCCUUUUCUUUUCUUCCUAGAGUUCGGAGAAUGUUCUACCUAACUUACUCCAAGUGACAUGCGCACUCCCCCAGGCACGCGCGCGGUGAGGAUGGAGCGCUGAGUCUGGGGCUGACUAGGAUGACCUGGACAGCAACCUUUCCUCAACUCAGUUAUCUUCCCUCCUCCCCAAAUGUAAAAAUACAGCUGCUUUAAGCUGAGAGAAAUAACGUAUCAACUUCCCACCCCCGGCCUCAGCAGACACCUCCGAGGCGUUCUGCUGCGGCCCCUCUGCAUCUCCCGGAGCUGGGGGGAUCCUCGGGGAGAAGGCUGACGCUGGGGACCCCUAACAGGAGAGGGGGCAGAGUUGGGGGCGUCAGAGGGGAGAGAAGGGGCUGGAGACGAGGGGCGGGGCGGGGCCGGGCGGGGGCGACUGGCUCCGCCCUUUCCUGGCGGCUGGGUCUUUAACACCGCCCAGCGCACAUGUCGGCGGAGGCCUGGCAGCAGCAGCUGAGAGCGCACAGACGGCUGCCCCGCCGGAGCAAGGCGGGCGCCGCCGCGAUGCUGCGAGGCGGACGGCGCGGGCAGCUCGGCUGGCACAGCUGGGCUGCGGGGCCGGGCAGCCUGCUGGCUUGGCUGAUGUUGGCAUCUGCGGGCGCCUCACCCUGCCCCGAUGCCUGCUGCCCCCACGGCUCCUCGGGACUGCGAUGCACACGGGAUGGGGCCCUGGAUAGCCUCCACCACCUGCCCGGCGCAGAGAACCUGACUGAGCUCUACAUCGAGAACCAGCAGCAUCUGCAGCAUCUGGAGCUCCGUGACCUGAGGGGCCUGGGGGAGCUGAGAAACCUCACCAUCGUGAAGAGUGGUCUCCGUUUCGUGGCGCCAGAUGCCUUCCAUUUCACUCCUCGGCUCAGUCGCCUGAAUCUCUCCUUCAAUGCUCUGGAGUCUCUCUCCUGGAAAACUGUGCAGGGCCUCUCCUUACAGGAACUGGUCCUGUCGGGGAACCCUCUGCACUGUUCCUGUGCCCUGCGCUGGCUACAGCGCUGGGAGGAGGAGGGACUGGGCGGAGUGCAUGAACAGAAGCUGCAGUGUCACGGGCAAGGGCCCCUGGCCCAUAUGCCCAAUGCCAGCUGUGGUGUGCCCAUGCUGAAGGUCCAGGUGCCCAAUGCCUCCGUGGAUGUGGGGGACGAUGUGCUGCUGUGGUGCCAGGUGGAGGGGCGGGGCCUGGAACAGGCCGGCUGGAUCCUCACGGAGCUGGAGCAGUCAGCCACAGUGAUGAAAUCUGGGGCUCUGCCGUCCCUGGGGCUGACCCUGGCCAAUGUCACCAGUGACCUCAACAGGAAGAACGUGACGUGCUGGGCAGAGAAUGAUGUAGGCCGGGCAGAGCUCUCUGUUCAGGUCAACGUCUCCUUCCCGGCCAGCGUGCAGCUGCACACGGCGGUGGAAAUGCACCACUGGUGCAUCCCCUUCUCUGUGGAUGGGCAGCCGGCACCGUCUCUGCGCUGGCUCUUCAAUGGCUCCGUGCUCAAUGAGACCAGCUUCAUCUUCACCGAGUUCCUGGAGCCGGCGGCCAACGAGACUGUGCGGCACGGGUGUCUGCGCCUCAACCAGCCCACCCACGUCAACAACGGCAACUACACGCUGCUGGCUGCCAACCCCUUCGGCCAGGCCUCCGCCUCCAUCAUGGCUGCCUUCAUGGACAACCCUUUCGAGUUCAACCCCGAGGACCCCAUCCCUGUCUCCUUCUCGCCAGUGGAUACUAAUAGCACAUCUGGAGACCCGGUGGAGAAGAAGGAUGAAACACCUUUUGGGGUCUCGGUGGCUGUGGGCCUGGCCGUCUUUGCCUGCCUCUUCCUUUCUAUGCUGCUCCUUGUGCUCAACAAAUGCGGAAGGAGAAACAAGUUUGGGAUCAACCGCCCGGCUGUCCUGGCUCCAGAGGACGGGUUGGCCAUGUCCCUGCAUUUCAUGACAUUGGGUGGCAGCUCCCUGUCCCCCACCGAGGGCAAAGGCUCUGGACUCCAAGGCCACAUCAUCGAGAACCCGCAAUACUUCAGUGAUGCCUGUGUUCACCACAUCAAGCGCCGGGACAUCGUGCUCAAGUGGGAGCUGGGGGAGGGCGCCUUUGGGAAGGUCUUCCUUGCUGAGUGCCACAACCUUCUGCCUGAGCAGGACAAGAUGCUGGUGGCUGUCAAGGCACUGAAGGAGGUGUCGGAGAGUGCUCGGCAGGACUUCCAGCGCGAGGCCGAGCUGCUCACCAUGCUGCAGCACCAGCACAUUGUGCGCUUCUUCGGCGUCUGCACCGAGGGCCGCCCCCUGCUCAUGGUCUUUGAGUAUAUGCGGCAUGGGGACCUCAACCGCUUCCUCCGAUCCCAUGGGCCUGAUGCCAAGCUGCUGGCUGGUGGGGAGGAUGUGGCUCCAGGCCCCCUGGGUCUGGGGCAGCUGCUGGCCGUGGCUAGCCAGGUCGCUGCGGGGAUGGUGUACCUGGCAGGUCUUCAUUUUGUGCACCGGGACCUGGCCACACGAAACUGUCUGGUGGGCCAAGGACUGGUGGUCAAGAUUGGUGAUUUCGGCAUGAGCAGGGAUAUCUACAGCACCGACUAUUACCGUGUGGGAGGCCGCACCAUGCUGCCCAUCCGCUGGAUGCCACCCGAGAGCAUCCUCUACCGCAAGUUCACCACCGAGAGUGACGUGUGGAGCUUCGGCGUGGUGCUCUGGGAGAUCUUCACCUACGGCAAACAGCCCUGGUACCAGCUCUCCAACACUGAGGCAAUUGACUGCAUCACGCAGGGACGUGAGUUGGAGCGGCCACGUGCCUGCCCACCAGAGGUCUACGCCAUCAUGCGGGGCUGCUGGCAGCGGGAGCCCCAGCAACGCCACAGCAUCAAGGACGUGCACGCCCGGCUGCAAGCCCUGGCCCAGGCACCUCCGGUCUACCUGGACGUUCUGGGCUAGGGGGCCGGCCCAGGGGCUGGAGUGGUUAGCCGGAAUACUGGGGCCUGCCCUCAGCAUCCCCCAUAGCUCCCAGCAGUCCCAGGGUGAUCUCAAAGCAUCUAACUCACCCUCAGCAUGCGGGAGGGGACAGGUGGGGGCUGGGAGUAGAGGAUGUUCCUGCUUCUCUAGGCAAGGUUCCGUCAUAGCAAUUAUAUUUAUUAUCCCUUG